CCCUUUUGCGGCCAUCGCUGAAGCGCCAGCGGGUGAGAAUUUCCCCGGACAGUGCAUAUAAUCUGCAGCCAUCCGUUCACGAGCACGGUGGCUCUCGAUCCCGGGGACCUAGAUCAUGUUCUGGAGCCAAAAUGAAGUUCAAUCCUUUUGUGACCUCCGACCGAAGCAAGAACCGUAAAAGGCAUUUCAAUGCACCUUCCCACAUUCGCAGGAAGAUUAUGUCUUCCCCUCUUUCCAAAGAGCUGAGACAGAAGUACAAUGUUCGAUCCAUGCCCAUCCGAAAGGACGAUGAAGUUCAGGUUGUACGAGGGCACUACAAGGGGCAGCAGAUUGGCAAAGUAGUCCAGGUUUACAGGAAGAAAUACGUCAUCUACAUUGAACGAGUGCAGCGGGAGAAGGCUAAUGGCACAACUGUCCAUGUGGGCAUUCACCCCAGCAAGGUGGUUAUCACUAGACUAAAACUGGACAAGGACCGCAAAAAGAUACUUGAACGUAAAGCCAAAUCUCGCCAAGUAGGAAAGGAAAAGGGAAAAUAUAAGGAAGAAACCAUUGAGAAGAUGCAGGAAUAAAAUAAUCAUGUAUAGAACUUUCAUUAAAAACCUAAAAUGAA